AUGGCGGACGAUGGCAUGAUUCUCAAUUUUGACAUGGGCAGCGGCCCUGUCAAGCCCCAUGUCAAGAUUCAGGGUGGUCGCUGGCGCGACAGGAAUAAAGCCAACCGGAUUGCGAACAAAGGCACUGAAAAAGAGGCUUCAUCAACAGCAAAAGACGAUGCCCCGCUACCGCAAAGAUACACGCCUGGAUCCAAGAAACCCCAGAGGUCAGACCGCCUUGGCGACGACGACGACUCUUUUGAGCGCCCGGCAAAGCGAGCGCGGCCAGAGCAUCCUCAUGCGACGGCUUACCGGACUGGAAAAAUGCCGCCUGGCAGCAUCGCGAACAAGCUGAGAGACGGCCAAAUCUCAUCGAAGCUUUUCUCUUACAACCCCACGCCAAAGACUGUCUUCGAUGAACCCGGUGCUGAGAAGGUUGAGGAGAAGGUCGCUGAGCCUUCAAACGCGCCGCUUUCCGAUGAAGCUGCCAGCUUCCACGCCCUCGGUAUCUCAAGACGACUGGCAUUGACGCUCUCCGGCAAGAUCCAGCUCAAGGCACCGACAGCUAUUCAAGCCAAGGUCCUUCCUCAACUCAUCAAGGAAGACAGCGAUGCCUUUGUGCAGGCGCAAACAGGUUCCGGAAAGACCUUGGCGUAUCUGCUGCCCAUCAUCCAGCGGAUUCUGUCGGUUGAGGGUCAGAUCAAGAGAGACUCGGGCUUGUUCGCCAUUGUCAUGGCGCCUACCCGUGAACUUUGCAGGCAGAUCGAGCUCGUGCUCGCAAAGGUGCUCCCGCCGUACCUGGUCAGCACAACAGUCAUUGGUGGCGAGAGCAAACACUCUGAGAAGAGCCGCCUGCGGAAAGGUGUGAACAUCCUCAUCGCAACACCCGGUCGUUUGAGCGAUCACCUCGAGCAUACUAAAACUCUCGACGUCGGCACUGUGAGGUGGCUGGUCCUUGACGAAGGCGAUCGUUUGAUGGAGAUGGGUUUCGAGGCGGAACUGCGCACCAUCGUCAGCAGGAUCCGAGAGAACCCCCUGGCAGACAAGACAGCGAACGGCGUGUCCCUCGCCAACCUCCCGCAGCGUCGCGUGACCGUUCUUUGCUCAGCCACCAUGAAGAUGAACGUUCAGAAGCUUGGCGAGAUCAGUCUGGAGGAUGCGGUCCACAUUACCACAUCAGGAGAAGAUCAUGUCGAGGGAGAAGAGAUCAAGUUCGAGGCUCCGGCGCAACUGAAGCAGAACUACUUGAUUGUGCCAGCCAAGUUGCGGCUGGUGACGCUCAUAGCACUUCUGAAGUCCACAUUUUCAAGGAAGGGGUCGGUGAUGAAAGCCAUCGUCUUCUUUUCCUGCGCCGACUCAGUCGACUAUCACUUUGAUCUCCUCCGUCAACCGCCGAAGAAGGAAGAGAGCUCAACUGAUAACGCAACGUCUGCAACCGCAAAUACCGUCGCGUCUUCGGCGUACAUCACAUCGGCGGCGAACACAAAUAUUGUCCUCCACAAACUGCACGGCUCCCUCCCUCAACCAGUCCGUACGGCUACGCUGGCGUCUUACAGCAAAUGCACAGACCCGACAGUCCUACUCACUACCGAUAUUGCCUCCCGUGGUCUCGAUGUGCCCUCCGUCGAGCUCGUAGUCGAAUACGACCCCGCCUUCAGCGCAGACGACCACGUCCAUCGUAUCGGUCGUACAGCGCGUGCCGGUAAGCCCGGUAAGGCGGUCCUCUUCCUCAUGCCUGGCUGUGAAGAAGGCUACAUCGACCUCCUCAAAUCCAAGAACGCUUCACCUCCCAAGCCUGAACUCUACGACACUAUCUUGCACAAGGGCUUCACGACAGGCAUGGAGUUCCCCGUUGAGACGGAUACCAAGCCCCAGCCCGCGACCGACAGGGGCUUCAGCAACCGCGCCGAGAACUUGCAGCUUCACCUUGAGCAGAGGCUUCUCCUCGAAUCGGCAACGAAACUCCUGGACGAGGCUCGUAAGGCCUUCCGGUCGCACGUCAGGGCGUACGCGACCCACAUCAAGGACGAGCGCGUCUACUUUGACAUCAACGAGUUGCACCUGGGUCACUUGGCAAAGGCGUAUGGCCUGCGUGAGGCGCCAUCAGGCAUCGGACGUGGCGGCCACGACAGCAAGAAGGCGGUUAUGAAGCAGAAGAACGCCGGCAAGAGAAGAGGAGACAGCAGGCCCUCGGGUGGCAACGCGAUGGAGGAUAUCGAUACUGGUGCUGAGCCAAGCGAGAUGGAGAGGAAGAUGAAGAUGAAGAUGAGGGCUGUGAUGAAUGCGGCCAGUGAAUUCAACCUGGGUUGA